CUGACUUUGUUUUGUGGGGCAAUUAGGGUUCCUGGCGUGGGCGCGAUAGGGCAGCGGGGGCGCGAGAUGGCGGUGGCGGCGAGACGCGUGGACGGGUAGGGGAAGAAGAUUGGCUUCCAGGGAUUCUUUAGCUCCCCGGCGCUAUCGAAUCGCGGAUUGGAUAGAAGGAAGAACAGGGCAGGGAAAGAAGAGAAGCAAAAAUGGAUCUCGCGUCGAUGCAAGACGCAUUCGAUCGAGUAACAAAGAAGCAGAAGCUCUCGUACGCCAAGACCGAGGAUGUGAUCGACAAGUUCAUGCACGAGAUCCAGGCGGCGGCGUCCAAGCUGGAUCAAGGCGACGUGGUGGAUCACAGCGCGGUGCUGUCGGAGCUCCAGGCGAAGCUCACGGCGGCCGUGAACCAGCUCUCGUCGGCACAGAAGGAGGUGAACUUGGCUCUCAGCAAGUAUGGAAAGGUGAUGGACAAGCAAUUUUGCGCGGAUCUCUCCAAGGCGUACAGGGACAUGGACUUCGAUCACAGGCUCGUCAACCAGAUCAUCGCCCUCCACUUCUACCGGCAGGGGAUGUUCGAGCUGGGCGACUGCUUCGUCGGCGAGGCCCAGGAGAGCGAGGGUGCCGCCGCGCUCAAGCUGCCAUUCUUCGAGAUGUAUCAGAUACUGGAACACAUGAGGAACAAGAAUUUGGAGCCGGCGAUCGAGUGGGCGAAGUCACACCACAAGGAGCUCAAAGAGAAGGGAUCCUCGCUCGAGUUUAAGCUCCACCAGCUGGAGUUCGUCCAGACGCUGCUCAAGGCCGGGAGAUGGGAGGCGCUGCUGUAUGGGAGGAGGAUCUUCGGCAAGUUCCCGGAUCAUUUGGGAGUGAUCAAGAAGCUCAUGGCGUGCAUGGUCUACUUCGCGCGCGACGUCGGCUCCAAUCCUUACAAGGAGCUGCUGGCGCCGUCGCACUGGGAGAGCGUGGCGCUGGAGUUUACUCGAGAGUGUUGCGGACUCCUGGGACAGGGAUACGAGAGCCCGCUGCACGUAACGCUCUCGGCGGGGUCGCAGGCUCUCCCGACGCUGCUCAAGCUCUCGUCGGUGAUGAGCAACAAGAAGGGCGAGUGGCAGGCGAUGAAGCAGCUCCCGGUGGAGAUCGAGCUGGACAAGGAGUUUCAGUUCCACUCCAUCUUCGCGUGCCCGGUGUCGCGGGACCAGAGCUCCGCCGAGAACCCGCCGAUGCUGCUCCCCUGCGGGCAUGUCUUGUGCAAGCAGUCCAUCGUCAAGCUCGCCAAAGGUAACACUCGGCCUUUCAAGUGCCCCUACUGUCCCAUGGAGGCCUCGUCCAGCCAUUGCCGGCAGAUCCACUUCUAAUAUCCUCUCGCUUCUUUCUCUCGUCGCCGAUCUUCUUCUCGCUUCUCCUCGUUGUUCUAUUUUACUUUGAUGUUCUUCUUCUUCCUCAUCCCUUGUUCUUUCAUUCUUCCUGAUAGAUAGCUGCUUGUAAGUAUGAUCAUUCAGGCAUCUACAGGGGCACGAAGAAAAAAAAAAGAAAAAAACAAGCAAAGUGGUGGCGAACUCGCAGAGAAAUGACCAUUCGUUUCUUCACAAAUAUUUGCGAUGCCUUUGUUUCUAACGAGGGGGGAAAUGGUUGUAAAUAGAAAUUUGCAUUUAACA